CACCUUGCACAAGUAUGCUUCUUGCAGAUCAAUAAUACCAAAAUCACCAGUGGAAGACGGGACUAAAUAUUUUAUUUUAAUUUAAACAAGUAAACUAAUAGUGAAAACAGUAGAAUACGUUGAAAAAAUCGGAGAACAUUUGUUGGGGAUCCGGGGAAGUAGUUCAGCAGUUCAAAGCUCCACCCAGUCCGACUGGAAAAAAAUUGGAAACAUGGAUUCACUCAUUCCCAUUGUCAAUAAACUGCAGGAUGCCUUCACCCAAAUGGGUGUUCACAUGCAGCUGGAUUUGCCACAAAUUGCCGUGGUGGGUGGACAAUCCGCAGGAAAAUCGUCCGUACUGGAGAACUUCGUUGGCAAAGACUUUCUUCCUAGAGGAUCUGGUAUUGUUACCCGAAGACCACUGAUCCUACAGCUCAUUAAUGGAACCGUUGAAUAUGGAGAAUUUCUUCAUCAGAAAGGUAAGAAGCUUACCAAUUUUGAUGAAAUUAGACAAGAAAUCGAAGCGGAAACUGAUCGCGUGACAGGAAGUAACAAGGGUAUUUCGACCAUUCCAAUUAACCUUCGGGUAUAUUCUCCGCAUGUUUUGAACCUUACUCUUAUUGAUCUGCCUGGUUUGACCAAGGUGCCCAUCGGAGAUCAACCAGCAGAUAUUGAAAACCAAAUCAAAGGGAUGAUUUUUCAAUUCAUUCGGAAGGAAACAUGCUUAAUUCUGGCCGUUACCCCAGCCAACACUGAUUUGGCCAAUUCAGAUGCUCUUAAGUUGGCAAAAGAAGUUGACCCACAAGGUGUGCGAACGAUUGGUGUUAUCACAAAGCUAGAUUUAAUGGACGAGGGAACUGAUGCUCGGGAUAUCUUAGAAAACAAACUGUUGCCGUUACGCCGUGGCUACAUUGGUGUUGUGAAUCGUUCACAAAAGGACAUUGAAGGUCGGAAAGACAUCCACGCAGCGCUCAGCGCGGAGCGUAAAUUUUUCCUGAGUCAUCCGAGCUACAGACACAUUGCCGAUCGAUUAGGAACGCCUUUCCUGCAGAAAGUGUUAAACCAACAAUUGACCAAUCACAUCCGGGAUACUCUUCCUGGAUUACGAGAUCGUCUUCAGAAGCAAUUGCUGACCUUAGAGAAAGAUGUGGAGCAAUUUAAGCAUUUCCGACCAGAUGAUCCAAGCAUCAAAACAAAGGCUAUGCUACAAAUGAUACAGCAACUGCAGUCCGACUUUGAACGAACCAUCGAAGGAUCUGGCUCGGCUUUAGUCAACACAAACGAGCUAUCUGGUGGAGCCAAAAUCAACCGGAUAUUCCACGAACGGUUGCGAUUUGAAAUAGUGAAAAUGUCUUGCGAUGAAAAAGAAUUGCGUAGGGAAAUCUCGUUCGCGAUUCGCAACAUUCAUGGUAUUCGAGUGGGGUUGUUCACUCCAGACAUGGCUUUCGAAGCCAUAGUUAAGAAACAAAUUUCGCAAUUGAAGGAACCCAUUUUGAAGUGCAUAGAUUUGACUGUUCAAGAACUGUCCAAUGUUGUAAGAAUUUGCACAGAUAAGAUGGCUCGUUAUCCUCGGCUCCGAGACGAAACCGAACGUAUUAUAACAACUCACAUAAGAAAUUGCGAACAACGAGCCAAAGAGCAACUUUUGCUGAUGAUUGACUACGAACUCGCGUACAUGAACACCAAUCAUGAGGAUUUCAUCGGAUUCGCAAACGCUCAAAACAAGACAGAAAGUGCAGCAAAGACAGGGACACGCAGUCUUGGAAACCAAGUGAUACGCAAAGGGCACAUGUGCAUUCAAAACUUAGGAAUAAUGAAAGGUGGUUCUCGGCCGUACUGGUUUGUUUUAACAUCGGAGAACAUUUCCUGGUUCAAGGACGAGGAUGAAAAGGAGAAGAAGUAUAUGCUACCACUUGAUGGACUUAAGCUCAGAGAUAUCGAGCAAGGAUUCAUGUCUCGUCGACAUACGUUUGCAUUGUUUAAUCCUGAUGGUCGCAAUGUCUACAAGGAUUAUAAACAAUUGGAGUUAUCGUGUGAAAGCACUGACGAUGUCGACUCGUGGAAGGCAUCAUUUUUACGUGCUGGUGUAUACCCAGAGAAGGAUUCAUCGGCAAAUGGCGAAGAUGAUGAAGGAACAGAGGAAUCAAGUGAUGUAAGAGAGACAAGCUCCCUAGAUCCACAGCUAGAGCGUCAAGUUGAAACCAUCCGCAAUCUGGUGGAUUCAUACAUGAGGAUCGUCACAAAAACUACUCGAGAUAUGGUACCUAAAGCUAUUAUGAUGCUCAUUAUCAACAAUUGCAAAGACUUUAUCAACGGCGAAUUGUUAGCACAUCUCUAUGCUACUGGAGACCAGGCUUCGAUGAUGGAAGAAAGUCAAGAAGAAGCUCAAAAGCGAGAAGAAAUGCUUAGAAUGUACCACGCAUGCAAAGAAGCUCUCAGGAUUAUUGGUGAUGUUUCGAUGGCAACCUUCUCAACACCUGUACCACCUCCUGUAAAGAACGAUUGGCUCUCGAGUGGCCUAGAUAACCCCAGACUAUCUCCUCCUAGCCCAGGUGGCCCGAGGAAAAAUGUUCCUGUGCAACAGGGUUCGUUGGGGUCAGCCGGUGCUCCAGCUGGCACUGGAAGAGGGCCCCCACCAGCUCCUACGAGCGCAAGGCCAGCACCAGCCAUUCCUAACAGACCUGGAGGUGGAGGAGCUCCUCCUCUACCACAAGGUAGACCUGGCGGUCAAGCCCUUCCGGCUCCUCUCAUUCCAUCGCGGCGUUAAACGUACACCAGAAUAGUCUUGCAAAAUCGAUAUAAAUUCUACUACCAUAACUACAUUUAUGUAAUCUGGCUCCAAAUUGUAGUUUCUUCCGAAGGAAAUUUAGGAAAACAACGUAUAAUAGUCUAAAAUAUCAUGGUUAUAUCGAAACUAUUGUAAAUUUACAGUUGGAAAUGAAUGAUCCACAACAAAAAAGCCUGUAGAACAUAUUAUUUCGCGAAAUCCAACAUCUAAAAGUUCAAUGUACAGUACUCAAACAGUGUUAAUAAGUAGACAAAAUAAAUGUAAUAUAAUGGAAGAUGAAAAUAGGCAUAUAUUAAUUCUAACCUUUAAAUGCACAAAAAAGAAAAACAAGGAAAUCGGCAUCGAUAUAGACACAAAAUAAUAUUGCAACUAUUCCUAUGAUUGAGGCGUUUGAAGGAUUAGAAAAUAAUUUUCUGUCUUGCAAAAUAAAUGGCAGUUUUCAAUCUUGGAAAAGAACUUAUCAUCGAAACUAGAUUAACCAUUUUGGACCUGCUGAUUCGAAACAAAUACUUGAGUAAACAAAGAUCAAAGAGCAAGCAUUCCAUAAAAAUGUAUUCUGAGGUUGUAAGCUGCCUCUCAAUAUUAACAGCUUUAAGUGAUAGUACGUUUAAUUAUUCUAUAAAGUAUUCUAUUUGAUGUAGUCUCUCUUUUUAUGUCUUGUUUUUUCAUAUACAUGAAAACAGUUAUUCCUCGUCAUUGCUCUCAUAAAAAUUUCACCUUCGUUACACACCUGUGCUGGCUCAGGUCGUAGAAAAGUCCCAGAAAAGUUUUGUCGAUUUUGUUUUACUUUAAAAAUUAAAAUCCUGGUUAUAGCUUGCUGUUGCCUAGAAAACAAUAAAACAAUUGGCUACGUUCCACGAGUUGGGUUUCAUUUGUGUGUUUAUAUUCAAUUCGGCAAAUGAAAAAUCUCAUAGAACAUCAGAAUUCUGAAAACACGAUGAAUAUUUCGAUGGUAAUUAUCCAUGUACAUAAAAUAAACUAUAAUGUGGAAAUCUCUAAAAAUCAUUUAUCAAUACAAUCAAUAUUCUAGAAAUUUCUGUAUAUGCUCCAAUGCGUUGGAAAACACAAGCGGUGCCCUCUUUGGGUAGAUCCACAAAAUAUGUCACGCAAAAAUUGGCGAUUUUCAACCCACCAUCCCCCAAUGUCACACUUUUUGUAUUAAGCUCUAGAAUUUUUUUUAUGAAUCGUCACGCUGCCACCGUGACGUACUUUGUGGAUGGCCUCUUCGACUUGAUACAAACUGACAUGGGACUAUUAUGCGAAUUGAGGUAGUAUAGUACUUCCAUUUUUUUAGUCUUUCUGUUUAGCCUUUUUAGGCUUUUUGAGUGUAUUUACGUUUUUGAAUAGCAUCAAACGAUAUUUAUAAUACUCAGAAAUUGAACAGAGACUAAAUAUGAAACAUUCAAUUUAAACAGCAUUUAUCCAUAUCCACAAGAAAACUAUAAUAUUAAGCAUUGUAAUAUAGAAUACAAAUAAAAAUAUUGCUAUUGUGUUCAGAGA